CAGGAUGGCGGCGCGCGCAGCGUGUGCGGCUCUGUGCCGGCGCCUGCAGCAGGAGUUGGGGAAUUCCUCUAUAAAUGGUUCUAAGAGCAGGACAGCCAGAGCUGGCGGCCUUGCACUCAGCGCCAGUAUGAAGUGGGUGCCACUGUCAAACCUGCACGUGGACGUCCCGAAGGAUGUGACCAGACCUACGAUAACCACUUCCGAUGAGCCAGACACAUUAUACAAACGCCUGUCCAUCUUAGUGAAGGCCCAUGACAAGGCUGUGUUAGACAGUUAUGAGUACUUUGCCGUGCUCGCUGCUAACGAACUUGGCAUUUCUAUUAAAGUACAUGAACCGCCAAGGAAAAUAGAGCGCUUCACUCUUCUCAAGUCGGUGCACAUCUUCAAGAAGCACAGAGUCCAGUAUGAGAUGAGGACCCUCUACCGAUGUUUGGAGUUAAAACAUCUGACUGGAUGCACAGCCAAUGUCUACCUGGAGUAUAUCCAGCGAAACUUGCCUGAAGGGGUGGCCAUGGAAGUGACAAAGACGCAGAUACAGCAGUUGCCAGAGCACAUCAAGGAGCCGAUGUGGGAGACAGUUCCUGAGGAGAGAGAAGAGAGCAAGUCAUAAGCCUCAGGGACUGCGGCUAUGCCCGGGUCUGGCCUGAGCAUGUGGUCCAUGGAGAGCGGCCCCCUGAGGGGAGUCAGGGCCGCCGCCUGCCCUUGCUCGGCCUGGACCUCAGCUGUGGCAGCCGGCGGGAGCAGGCUGGGUUUCAGGGAGAGCCACUGUGUCAGUUCUUUAGACCAGAGGAUGCUUGUGCCCGAUUUGAACAAACAUUAGCAAACUUCUGCAUAACCCAAAACAAAAGAACCAGAUUUAAACAUUGUGUAGCACUGCUGACUUCGUGGUAGCCCAUGCUAAUUUUAUUUUAUUUUGUUCUUGUUUAUUUAUCCAUCCAUUCAUUCAUUUUUUUUUUUUUUUUUU